GUCAUUACUUCCAGAAAUCCCGGCAUCAGGUCUCCCUCUUCCUCACCUUGGCCAGGUGAGACCAGAGCGCGACCAGUGACGACGUCAUCUGACGUCUGUGUGCGUGAGCGGGUUCCACUCUAGUCCACAGUCCAAGAGUCAUGGCUACAGCUACUCAGAAACAAACGUCUGUGUGCUGCGUGGACGCUGUCAUCUAACAGGGACUCGUUAGCCGGAGAGUCAUGUCACCGUCCUGCUGGUCCGCUGUCGGAGGACGAUUCUGAGGCGAGCGGGGAGCGGGUCAGUUUACCGAACGACGCUGAUAAGAAGUUACGUUAUUCAGGUAGCAACGACAUGGAUAUGUUUCAGCAUAUGGAGUGGGAUUCAGUAGAUGACGGCCUGGGAGAAUUAAUGGAUGAGCCCACUUACUUAUCUGAAUCUCCUCAGUCAAAGUCGACAGCGAGUAGCAUUUCAGAACAUGAAUUUUCGUGUCACUGUUGCUAUGACAUCUUAGUCAACCCCACCACUUUAACCUGUGGCCAUAACUUCUGCCGCCACUGUCUGGCUCUAUGGUGGGAGUCCUCACACAAGAAUGAAUGUCCAGAGUGCCGGGAGAAGUGGGAAGGCUUUCCUAAAAUCAACAUACUGCUGAGGGAUGCAACUGACAAGCUUUUCAGUGAGGUUGUGCAGCGGAGGAGAGCAGAAAUCCAGGCAAACCCCAAAAUCUCCCGAAGCUUGCUGGCCUUCCAGAGAUAUGGUGACAACUUGGGCCGAUCUCGGACAAACCAGCACAAAGGAGCGGGCUUCUUCUUCUCUGGAGUCUUAAGUGCGCUCACAUGUGUGGCUGUGAUGGUGCUGGUGUAUCACUGGAGCUAUGGUGUGGUUGAACAACAUGACCUGUUAAUCAGUAAACCUGUGUCUCGCUGGACACCGGAGGAGGUUGUGUCCUGGCUGGAACAGUUGGGGCCCUGGGCCCAGCUAUACAGAGAACCCUUCCAGCAGGAGAACGUCAAUGGAAGGCUCCUGUUGAUGCUGGGGGAUGAGGAGUUGUUGAAAGCGCCUUACAGCAUAGAAAACCAAGCUCAUAGACGAGCUGUUCUGGCUGAACUGGACAGAGUUAAAGCCCUGGGGGUCAAACCUCCACAGAACCUCUGGGAAUACAAAGCGGCUAACGCUGGGAAGUCUCUGUUCCUGCUGUAUGCACUGAAGCGCUCCCCACGUCUCACAAUCCUUUAUUUGUAUUUAUUUGAUUACUCUGAGACUUUCCUGCCCUUCCUGCACACCUGCUGUCCAGCCAUCGCCCACAUUGACCAGGGAGUGGAGAGCAGAUUCCUUGAGACACAGGUGAACCCCAGCUGGCGUCAGUGGGCAGAGUUCCUUGUAAAAUACUGCCUGCUUCCAUACCAGCUGAUUGCAGAGUUUGCUUGGGACUGGUUGGCCGUCCACUACUGGACAUCCCGCUUCAUUAUUGUUAACGCCAUGCUGCUGUCUGUGCUGGAAGGCUGUGCCCUAUGGAGGCUUUGGACAAGAGCCAGGAUCAGGACUCUGCCGCGUAAGAUGUGGAACCACUUGUGGAAGAUGCUCUCUCAGGGAUUCGCCUUCGCCCUCCUGUGGCCUUUUGUCCCACAGUUUGUGUGCAACUGUCUCUUCUACUGGGCUCUCUACUUCAGCCCCAUCAUUAAUAUAGACCUGGUGGUGCAGCAGCUGAUGCAUCCUGAAACGCAGGCGCUCUAACGGGCUGCAUGUGCCCGGUUACUGCUGUACAGUUCACAGCAAAAAACUAAAUUCACCAGGAGUACAGUUGCUGAAGAGAACUGUUCAUUUUCAGCCGUAAACUCAUGUGAGACUGGCUUUGUUUGCUGCCGGACAGGAAGUUUUCACGCUUCCUGUCUUGCUGUGUGGAACAGGAGAGGCACCGAGCUACUGAAGGAGAAACCAAACCAUCGAGGUGAGCGGCAGUAAAAUACCUGGGAUGUUGCUGAGAUGAACUCAUGACUGUAGUGAUCUCUCUGCGUCCCCAGUGCAUUCACAAACCACAAUGCCUAAAUGGUUCUGGGAGCAGUUAUGCAAAUGAUAAGUUUUGUUUAAACACUGGUGUCAGUAAAGAUCCGCCUCAUAAAGAAUUCCUCAUAGCUUUGUAGCACUGACAUAACUGUAGCCUGCUGCCCAGUGAAAGGUGAGUUCUUUAUGCAUGGAUACAUUCGAUUUUGUUUGACUUCUGUCAUCAAAUAUCUUUUCUGGCAUAUAACCCACAAUUAGGGUAAAUGAACAACUGCUGCUUCAGAAUAUAAGUUUGAAUGAAGCAGUUGUAUAAUAGUGUAUGAGUCUUCGUAAUUCUGAUGCACUCUGCUUCUUCAGUGUGGCUCUGGCUGUGACUGUGAUCUCAGUGCUACAGAGCCGUUUGGAAAUUCACUGUGAGGUUUGAAAACAUGAUUGAAACAAGUCAGAUGUUGGGGUUUGUAGUUCUGCCCUCAGGCUUCAGCUGUUCGAGGGGUAACGAAGAGGCUGUCUGUUGGAUCAAACGUGUAUCACUGAAGUUUGUUCCAGAGGGUUCCAGCAUUUGCUAUCAUGAGAUAUCUGGCACUUAGAUUUGAAUUACGUCUUAUGUUCUUAAAUUUUGUUGCUAUUCUAAUACAGAUCUUUUGAGAUUUUAAUAAGGAGCUGUUUUUUUACCUGCUUGUACUGCUGACAGUUAUUGUGUUGCACAAUUUUUUUACUGCCCAGAAACAUUCUGUUCACUGUAUAAUUUUCCAUUUUAUAGGUGAACCGAGCUAAUUAAAAACUAGUUUUUUGUUUUUUACAUUCUUCAUUUGCACUUAACGAUUCUACACUGUGAUUUUGUUCUUCCAUGUUCUCUAAUAAAAAAGAAGAAAUAAAGAUUUUUAAAUAAGGUU